CAGCAGCAGAUCCUCAAUAUCAACAGUAGCAAAUCACUGGCCCUCAACAGAAGCAACGGCAGCAGAUCCUCAACAGCAAUAGCAGCAAAUCGUUGGCCCAAUUGCAAGCAUGGUAGUCCUAGACCUCAAUUUCACUCCACCCGAAGAAGGCAACGAAGAACCUGAAGAAGAAGGCAACAAUGCUGGUCAAAAUUCAGGAGUACAAAGGCAAAGGAAUUGGCUCACUGAUGCACAGAGAUAUGCCGCUUACAUGUCCUUGGAAACCCUCCAUAAGAGUAGAGGAGGCAAGUUCAAGAGAACUGAUAAGAAGGAUGUGGCUGCAAUAUUUGGAGCACAUGUUCGAGUUAUUCAAAGAAUAUGGGAGACGGCAAUGAAACAGAAAGGCCUUGGUCAGGAGGUGGAUGUUUCAAACAAAAGAAAGGAAAAUUGUGGAAGAAAAUCUUAUGAUGAUAUCCUAUCUCUCAUUCCGACAAUUCCCUUGAACAAGAGGUCAACUAUUCGAUCUCUAGCCAAGGCACUGGGUGUAAGCCCUACUACACUAUACAAGAAGUUCAAGUUGAACAAGAUAAGGAAACACUCCAACAGGGUUAAGCCGGGACUGACAAAGAAAAAUAAGAGAGAUAGGGUGGAUUUUUGCCUCUCUAUGCUAGAUGAGGCAACAUUAGGAGAUGUAAGCCCAAGUUUCAGGAGUAUGCAUAAUAUUGUUCACAUCGAUGAGAAAUGGUUCUCCAUGACCAAGAAAAAAAGAACUACUAUCUGCUGCCUGACGAAGAGGACCCGAAAAGACCUGUCAAAAACUCUAUUGGAAAAGUGAUGUUUCUCACAGCGGUAGCAAGACCACGGUUUGAUGAAGAUGGGAACAUGACAUUCUCCGGAAAAAUUGGGGUAUGGCCAUUCGUGAGAGUGACUGCAGCAGCAAAAAGAAGCAAGAAUAGGGAAAAGGGGACAUUGGAAACAAAGCCUGUCAUAGUGACGAGGGAUGUGAUGAGAGAGUACAUUAUACAGAAGGUUGUGCCAGCGAUUCAAGCAUUGUGGCCUGCAGAUGAUGAUGGACGACCCAUUUUUAUCCAGCAAGAUAACGCGAGAACACAUAUCCUACCUAAUGAUCAAGCAUUCGCAGAAGCUGUGGACGAAAGUGGCCUGGACAUUAGAAUAAUGUAUCAGCCUCCAAAUUCUCCGGACAUGAACGCCCUGGACCUUGGGUUCUUCAGCUCUAUUCAGUCGCUAACAGACUGCAAAAGUCCAAAAACUAUUCCAAAGCUGAUUAAAGGUGUUCAAGAGGAGUUCGAUGGAUAUGAAGUUUCAAAACUGAACAGAGUAUUAUAACUCUGCAGACUUGCAUGGUUGAAGUAAUGAAGAAUGGUGGAGCCAAUAAAUACAAAAUCCCGCACAUGAACAAGGAUAGGCUAGAAAGGCUACAACUGCUACCGCCCAGGAUCUCAGUUCCUCCUGAAGUGUAUGCAAUGGCACUAGAGAUGCUUGGACGCUGAUCCUACUCCAGUUUGUUGUGUAUUCUACUCCAGUUUGUUGGGAGUACUUGUGUAUUCCGUGUUUACAAGAAAAGGAGUAUGUGUUUAUGUGUGAACUUGGAGUAUAUUCUUUACUUG